UGUGGUGUCCCUUUUCGUUCGUGAAUCUUUUCUGUGAGAUGAUAUUGUUUUUCAGCGUCACCAGUAGCUUGUGGCAGUGACAAAAUGGUUGGUCUUACUACGGACGAUAUGGUUGUCCGCGUGCAACAGCAGCAACCGUCUCCCAACCGCCUGUGCCAGCCUACGAUGGUGGGCGGUGGUCAGAGCGAAUUCCCCGUGUUCAUACCACCGCGAAAACGACAAACGGGAAAGAAAGCGAACCACGGCAAUCAUAUCGACCACAUUGUGAAUUUACAGGGUACUCGCAAAGAGUGGGAUCUAACACCGGAACGGGAAGACUGUAGAAAAAAUAAACGCUGGAACAGUGAGGAGAUUAUUGAAACGACUGCCAACAGCAAAGUGGCCCCGAACGGCACCAACGAGGAUGAAGACGAUCUGAACGAACUGCAACAGUUUCAUCCGCUAAAGGAUAGCUCCACCGUAACACCAAGCAGCAUCUCCGAGAGCAGCCUCGACCGGAAGUCGAGCAAAUCGGCCGAACUGCUCACCGGUGGCAGUAGCAAACGUUCGAAGAAGCGGGUCAACAUUCGCACGGACCUGGAUGAAAUCGGUCGACGACGGUCACCGUCGGCAAUCUGCAACUACGAGGAUCUAGAAUCGGGCGAAACGAGCGUUCUGAAUGCGGACCUGGACCAGCAAAGUCUCGAACGUUACAACACGACCCGCUCGUACAGCUCCUCGACUGACAAUUAUCUCACCAUGACGGGUACCAUCAAGCGGGGCCGCAAAAAAGGACAAUCCAUCGACGUACAGCUGAACAUUUCGCGUGAGGAGCUCGAGCAGAUCAGCAAGCAGGCACUCGCCGUGCACGAUGAGUCGUACCGGUCGGGUCAGGAUUGUUGCACCCUAAGAACCGGCGUACACAUUCUGCUCCUGUCGCUCGUCUGCCUCCCAUUCGUCACGCUGACGACUGGUAUCUACUCGUUCUACAUGGGUACCGUCACCUGGUACAACAUGUUCACGUACUUCAACGAGGAACGGUCAUACUUCCACAAGCUGCUCAUGUCCCCGCUGCUUAUCCUAGCCUACCCACUGUGUAUCGUGCUCUGCACCAUCGGGUUGGCGCUGUACGCCGGCGUCCGGCAGAUAAGCUUCCACUUUCGAGCCUGGCUAAACGAGGUGUCCGACAUCGAGAAAGGUUUCUACGGCUGGUUGUGCUCGUUUCUACACCUCUCGGACUGCAGCCCGUACGAGGUGGUCAUUCUGACCGACAUCUGCCCGACGAACCUUCCACCCGGGGGCCCCGGCGGUGCGUUGGAUGCCGGUGUGCCUGGACAUCGGGCCCAUCCGGGCGAUGGUCGGCUGCAGGGAGAAUCCACACAAAUUAAUUCCUCAACCGAGGAACUUUCGGUUUAAGCAAGCAAUAUCAAGAGUCAGUUGUCUCCUGAUAGCUCGUUGGCUCUCAACGAAGUUUUGGUUGCUGCGUGCGAUUUUGAAUAUAAAGAGUCAGGGCAGCUCAAUCAUAAUCCACGGUAUUUACUUAAAAAAAAUCAAAAGAAAGACUGCCAAGACGCAAAAUGCAAAUAUCAAAAAAGGUACUAUUUAGCUAUUGCUCCUACUGUUGCCAUGCCAUGUCUAGCUUUCGGUAGCUUCCGUAAACGAGGACAUUUCCAACCGUGCAACAAGGAUACGUUCCAUACAAGCACGCAACGAAUCUGUUCUUUGUGUAUUUAUCUUUCCAUAUCUACUCUACAUUUCUCCUAGGAAAAGAAAAGCAUAGCAUUAGAAGGUAGACUUACCCUCACCCUUAUUCCGGCUAAAAGGUAGAAAGGUGCGAGGGACCAGACUUUACACAACGCUCGAAGAACAAGAUCGAGUCGCAAAUUUUGCACAAAACACUUUCUAGCGCUGUCUACUUCCUCCCAAGUAGUGUUAGAGGUAAAACUCAGCGUGUUGAGCGGCUUUGAAGGUAAGCUAGCUUUUGAUUGGCGUUUAUAAGUUUCCUACGUGGGAUUUUAAAUUAAAUUUUAGACAUAGGUUUUUCCCCGCCCCUCUUUUAAUGUAUGUAUAUACACACUCGAAGGAAACAAUCAAACCCCCCCAUUUAUAAUACUCCACGUAUCGAAGAAAGCCGCUUGAAGCAAGCAAAUCUAGUCAAGUCUCGCGCUCGGGAGACAUGGAAAAGGGAAUCGUUGUAAUUAUCACAAGACUCUUUAUAUACAUACACUUAUCGGUGAAUACAGAUACAAAUCUAUACAUAUAUAUAACGUUGCCAAUGAGGCCAACUAUGGCAAUGGUCAAUCAUUGCCCAAAUAAUAUUGAAAUGCAUUACAAUAAUGUACUUAUACGAUAUUGUGAAAUAAAGUUAAAUUUCUUUUUUACAUUUAA